UGCAUUAUUUCCGUGUGUGUGCAUUAGGAUACUAUGUGAGAAUGGCCUCAGCAGUGGAGAGGACGGAUGAUCUGGUGCGAGAGUAUCUGAUAUACCGCGGUUUCACCAGCACACUGAAGCACCUGGACUCAGAGAUCAAAGCAGACAAAGAGAAAGGCUUCAGAGUUGAUAAGAUCAUCGAUCAGCUCCAGCAGCUGAUUCAGAGUUAUGAUCUGACGGGUCUGAAGGAGUACUGGGCGUAUCUGGACCGCAGGCUCUUCUCCAGACUGGAGGACGUCUACAGACCCACCGUCAACAAACUGAGGACCAGUCUGUACCGCUUCUACCUCAUUCACACCGUUCAGAUGAAGAAUACAGAGAAGACGCAGGAGUUUUUCCUGAAGCAGGUGCUGGAGCUGCAGGCUCAGCCGGAGUGGCGUGAUUGGUUCGCUCUGCCCUUCAUCCCGGCGCCGGAGCAGAAUCCCUCCUUCUCUCCGUAUUUCUCCCGCCAGUGGGCCGACACCUUCCUGGUGUCUCUGCACAACUUCCUGAGCGUCCUCUUCCAGUGCAUGCCUCAGCCUGUGCUCUUGAGCUUCGACAGUGAAGUACAGAGAAUCAAAACUGUGCAGGAGGAGAACGAGGAGCUCAGACAGAUGGUGAGGUCUUCACUGUUUAGUAGUUCAGUUGGUUUAGUUAGUUACGCCUAUAUUAAUUUAAGAAACUUCUUCUCCACCUUCCUCCCUCAGACCCGACGGGCCCCUGGGAAAACGGCCCCGGGGCCACAAUCCUCGCCCUGGAAGGACCCCGCCGUUACGCAGUCUGCGAAAGCAAAAGAUCUGCCUUCCGCAAAAGACUUGAAGAUGCCCACUGUUUCAACGGCGACGGUGGAUUUGACCACAGGUCAUUCCCGACAGAGACGACAGCAUGACCACGAGAAAGAGAGAAAACAGCUGCUCUCCAGGCUCCCACAACAGAGCUCGGAGAAGAAAACCGAUUCGGAUCCAGACGCUCAAACCGAAGCUCUUCCUGAUCAAACAGACUCCACCAAUCAGACGCGAGUCUGUGAAGUGGGCGGAGCUUCAGUGGAGCAGCCCUUCAUUAAGCUGAGUCAGGAGGAGUACGGAGAGCAUCACUCAUCCAUCAUGCACUGCAGGGUGGACUGCUCCGGCAGGAGAGUGGCCAGUCUGGAUGUGGACGGGGUGGUGAAGGUUUGGGCUUUCAAUCCCAUCAUGCAAACCAAAGCCACUAUCAUGUCCAAGUCCCCGCUGCUGUCUCUGGAAUGGGCAGCCAAACCCGACAGACUGCUGUUGCUCGGCAGUGGCGUCGGCACGGUAAAACUUUACGACACGGAGGCCAAGAAGAGCCUGUACGAGAUGUCAAUAGACGACGUCCAUCCACGGAUUCUGUCGCUGGCCUGCAGUCCGAGCGGAACGUCGUUCGUUUGCGCCGCCGCGGCUCAAGCUGCUCAUUCUGGUGUUGUGAUGGAGGGCGAUGCACGAGUUUCGGCUCCCGUAUCCGGACAGCUGCUGCUGUGGGACACCAAAACCGUCAAACAGCAGCUGCAGUUUGCGCUGGAGCCGGGGCCGGUCGCUAUAAACUGUACGGCGUUUAACCACAACGGAAACCUGCUGGUGACCGGAGCCGCAGACGGGAUGAUACGACUGUUCGACAUGCAGCGCUAUGAGAGUGCAUUGAGCUGGAAGGCUCAUGAUGGUGAAGUGUACAGCGUGGAGUUCAGCUACGACGAGAACACCGUCUUCAGCAUCGGAGAGGAUGGGAAGUUUGUUCAGUGGAAUAUCCACCGCUGUGGCGUGAAACAGUCGGAGUACUCGCUGUCCCAGGAUGCCGUGGGGCCGUUUGUCCUGUCGGGUUACAGUGGUUAUAAACAGGUUCAGGUUCCACGCGGUCGACUCUUUGCUUUCGACUCUGAGGGGCAACACGUUCUCACCUGCUCCAGCAGCGGAGGAGUUAUCUACCGGUUGAAUAAGGCGGACGCUGGUCUGGAAAGCGUCUUGUCUCUCGGCGGUCAUAAAGCGCCCGUCGUGACGGUUGAUUGGUGCUCAGCGAUGGACUGCGGCACCUGCCUCACCGCGUCUAUGGACGGCAAGAUCAAACUUAGCACGCUGCUCGCUCAGAAACCCUGAGCUCACAAAUCAAGUACAGCAGAUCUGAAAUGAUGAUGAUUGAAGCAGAAUGUCUGCUAUAGUUUAAAUCACAUGAUGUCUUAUGAAGCAAUCAUUCCUGACAGGUGACCAUUAGAAUAUCAAAGCAAUGUUACUGAUUCAAAGACAACAAAUCUGCAUUUCCACUGAAUGAUAAAACAGACCAUAUAGAUCCUGAGAGUGGUGACAUAUUAUAUUUUUCACAAAGCAUUUAUGGUUCUGUGUGCAUUAGUGACGAACGAUGAACAAAUGUUCAGUGAGGAAGGGCAUUACCUUCACAUUAAUGUUUCUGUCCUUCUAAGAUGAUGUUUAUUUCUUACUUCUGGAACCAUAAAAUAGAGCUUAGCCAAGUAAUAAACUAUUUGAAUGAUGUUCAUAAACAUUUUUUUUGCAUCCUGUUGAACAAUAAAAUCAAAUAUGAUCAACCAAA